AUGGCUCGGCCCUUAAUGCCACGAGCUCGGCUCGUGGAUAACAUCGGAAAUGUAAACAACUUGGAAAAAUCACUGGCUCAAAUAUUGCCACAAUUUUAUCCUUUCGCUGGAAGAUAUAUCAAGAAGAAUCACGUCGUUGAUUGUAGAGAUCAGGGUGCUGAAUACAUAGAAGCUAAAGUCGAUUGCGAUCUUGUGGAUGUUAUAGGCUCAGGAGUCCAGCCCGUGGUGUUAAAUGAUCUUCUUCCAGUCGAAGUUGGUGCAGCUGAUGAAGCCACUGAUCCAGUUAUGUCUAUUCAAAUGAACAAAUUUAAAUGUGGUGGAGUAACCGUUGCUGCGGCUAUUUCACAUAGGAUUAUUGAUGCAUCCUCACUUGGCAUAUUCUUUUCUGCAUGGGCAAAGGUGAGUCGAGGAGACAACAGUAUCGAACCCAUCAUUCCAAAUUUUGACUCCCCAUUGUACUUUCCUGGCGAAAAUUUAGGUGGGCUUGAUUUUGGAACCAUAAGGACUAGGGAUCCUACCCUUGUGACCAAAAGGAUUUUGUUCGACAGGAAGGUAAUAGCAAAUCUAAGAGCUAGAGUGAACCACUUGUAUGAAAGAAGUGAUCGUCCAGCCUCGAGGGUUCUGGUUGUCUCUUCCUUCUUGUCAGAGGCUCUCAUGCGUUGUGAUCGCGUAAAACUUGGAAAAUCGCGGGCUUGUCUCAUAGCACAGGCAGUUAACAUUCGCGAAAGGACAGUUCCACCUCUGUCAAAAUAUUCUUGUGGAAACUUAGUGUCACUGGGAUUGCUGGAAUGCCGUGCAGAAGAAACCGAGAGUUUGGACUUUGAACACUUGGUUCCUCUAUUGAGUAAUGUUACCAAGAAAGCCGUUUUAGACUGUUCCAAGAUCUUGUCAAAUGGUAAGGAUGGACACAAAAUCCUCGUUGAUGUCUUUGCAGGUGCAACUGAAAAAUCACAUGAUGAAAACUUGAAUUGUUUAUGGUUUACUGACUGGUCUAAGUUCGGAUUUUACGACAACGAUUUUGGCUUUGGAAAACCUAUUUGGACAAGUGUUGCAAAUAUUCCAAUCAAAAACCUUAUCAUAAUUUUGAAUACCAAAGAGAACGAUGGAAUUGAAGCAUGGGUGCAUUUACAUGAGAAAGACAUGCCUUAUUUCGAACAAGACGAAGAAAUAAAAAAGUUAACUACUUAAAGUUUGGAAAAACCAUCAAUUGUCAGGGUCAAAUAAAGUGUUGUGUGUUUUAUUUCUACUGAAAUAAGUGUCUUGGAUUAUGCUGAAUCUUGUUUGCUACUAAUGUUUGUGUUUGAUGGCUUUGUAUCAAUAAUAAUGUUAUUGAAGUUUCUGUGUCA